GCCCACCUGGGCAAGGGCCGAGCCAAGUCUUGCCUGGAUCAUGCCGAAGCGGAAAUGCAAAUUUACUGAAGAGCUCCAGGCCAAAUACCCCUGCUUCCGUGUGGGCCGGGAGAGAUGGGAGGCGGAGUGCUUGGUGUGCCAGGAGGGCACCUACGUCUCCGUGGCCAACAAGGGCUCCCUCGACCUGGAAGCCCACGUUCAGUCCAUGAAGCACAAGAGGAACGUGCUGGGGGGCGGCUCGGCGGCCAAGCUGGCCAGCUGCUUCCUCCCCGCCGACUGCCAGCCCUUCGACGUGGCGGCCGAAAACGCCUUGGGCUUCCCCACCACUGUGCUCCAGGACUGCUGUGACUCCUUGGCCAGCUCGCCUGGCUUGGCCAAGAUGCCCGAGCCCGGCGUAGAUGUCUUGGGCUUGCAAAUCAAGACGGAGGCGAGGUUGGAGGAGGCUCUGGCUCCCUUUGGGCUGGACCGCGGUGUGGGGGACCCGCUGGAUGGGGUCCCGUUCUGCGGAGUGGCCCUGGCUGUCAGUGCCAGUGACGGGGGGACACCGUUUCCCAUCCAAAUCCGGUAUUUUGACUGGAAGAGGGGUGGCCUCCAAACGAGGGUGAUGGCUGUGGAGCCGGAGCCGGGUGAGCCGGCGCCUGCUGCCGCUGCUGCCGUGCUUGCCUGGGAGAUCUUGGAAAGGCACGGCCUGCGUCAGAAAUGCGUCGCAAUAGUGGGCGACAGCCGCAAUGCCAUGUUCGGGGGGCUUGGGCCAGCUGAGGGCCCGGUUGACGUCCCCGGGCUGCGGGAGCUGCUGAAAGGUGCUUUCAUCGCCACCGACUGCCCCGCGCACAUCCUCAGCAAUUGCAUCCAGCAUGGGGCAGAUAGCCUGGAAGUCGACAUCCAGUCCGUUGUCUGGAAGAUCUAUACCUAUGUCUCCGUCUACGCCGUGUGGACGGAACCGCUGAAAGACUUCUUGGAGUUUGCCAAAAGGGAGUACCGGCGGUUGCUGUAUCACGGCAGGACGCCCUGGCUGCUGCUGCUCCCGGCGAUCACCCGGCUGCUCCAAGCGUUCCCCGCCUUGAAAUCUUUCUUCCUCUCCCUUAACAAACCCCCCUUUGCCAUCAAGAACUUCUUUGAGGAUGACUUUAGUGAGAUCUACCUGCAGCACAUGGCCUCACAGGUGGCCGUCUUCGACAUGCACCUCAAAACCUUGGCGAGGGAGGACAACUCCCUUUCGGAGGUGCUGGGAGUCCUGGCCUCGGUCCGUCGCACCCUCCUGGAGCGCCGAGCCCACGGCUUCAUGUCACUGCGGGUGAAGGAGCUGCUGGCGGAGAGGCGCGCUGCCGGGAGGGACGGGCAGUGCGAUGCCUUCUGCCGCCACGUUCAGAGCCUCUAUGUGGCUUUCGUCGAGUACCUGGAUGCCCAAACGGGGCAGUUCGAGGAACUCUCUUGUUUCCAGUGGAUGCAGCUGCGGGGGCCACCGUCGUGGGAGGACGUGGAGGCUUGCAUCAAGUACUUGGCGGACCACGGGGUCGCGAUCGAUGACAACAUCUGGACGCUGCCUGAGAUGAGCUCUCUUUUUGUGCGGCGCGUGGAAAUCGAGAUAGCCAACAAAACCCGGAAUGUGACCCUGCAUACCCCCAGGAGCUACUGCUUCAGUGGCUACAGCUGCAUACCACCUAGUCCCAAGAUCCCCACUGGGGCCACGGGGAGCUGCCAAUUCACCAAUGUAGUGCUCAGCUUCCGGGGGAGCGUGGGGGUCCUGGUGUAUGAGGCAGACUCCUUCACGCUGGCCAUCCUCUUCUCCAACCCCUACGACUACAACAUUUUCAAUAUGGAGGUUGCCCUGGAGAUCUCCAUGGAAAAAGCCCACCUUGGCAGCUUGGAGGAUGUCUACAAGAGGAUGUACAACAGCCUGCCCGCUGGCAACAUUAAAGACACCACCUUCCAGCGAGCCAAGCUCCAUGCGUGCCAGGAGACCCUCACAGUCUCCUCCAACCACGUGCGGGUCAUGGCCACCAUGUCCAAUGCUGCUGACUCAGUCAUCAAAGUAAUUGUGGAGGAUAAAGAUAGUUCCCCUCUCCCAUAUUCAGUGCAAGCACCACCUGGUAGCCUUGGGCAGUAUCAGCAUUGGCCAAAGAACUGGAAGUACCUGCUAAAAGGCAACACCGCUACGUGAUAGGUGCUCUCUAUUUUGGCUCUUGCUUGCUCUAGAUGCCAGGCAGUGUGCGCUUUCCUCAAUAAAGGCUAAAGCCAAGUGA